AUGUUUGAAUUAUCAAAUUCUCGAAAUUCAAUUGAUAGUAAUCAAGGUGAUAACGAUAAUGACAAUCAAAGUAAUGAUGAAUUAAGUCCUUCAGAAUUAUAUUAUUCUCCAACAGGACUGCCUCCUAAAUCACAAUUAUUACUUCAAAAAUCAUCUUCACCUUCAUCAUAUUCUCCAAUUAAAUCUGAUUUACCUAAUAUUUAUAGUCAUUUACGAUCUAAUGAUAAUAAUAUUGAUCCACUACUGCCACAGUCACCACCACCACCACCACAACCACCACAACCUUCAUCAUCAUCAUCAUCAAAUACUAAAUCUUCAACAGCAAAGAAUAUUUUUAAAAAAUUAUUACGAUUUAAUAAAUCAUCAGAUAAUAUUAAUGAUUCAAGAUCAAUUGUACUGACCAAUGGUGGGUCUCCUAUUAAUGAGAAUACCACCACCACCACCACCGCCACCGCCACCACAAUGACAUCAAGUUCAUCUAAUAAUAGCAUUCCUAAACGAGGGAAAUCUAUUCAACGAAGUCAAAUUCUACAUCACACCGAUUCUGAUUCUUUAUAUUUAGAAAAUCAAAUUGAAUUACGUCCAGAAAUAUCUAAAUCAAUUGGUAAUAUUAAAAUUGGUAAUAUAUUUACUAAUGAUGGAAUGCCAUUAUUAAAAAUAUCUCAUAAAUCAAAGAAAAGAAUAUUAUUUUGGAUUGAUCCUUCAUGUUUUAAAUUUUCUUGGAGAAUGGCCAAUUCAAUUACCAAUACAACUUCAGGUUUAUUACCUCAAAGUAUCAUUAAUAAUACUCCAUUAUUAUCUAAUUCAACAAUUAUUACUACAUCAACAAUAACAACUUCAACUCUUCAUCGAUUAUCAAUAUCUAAUCGAACUACUCAUGAAUUUUUUCUUGAUGAUAUUAAAUCAAUAUAUAUUCAAAAUGAAGGUAGUGGAUAUCGUGAAGAAUUAAAUAUAUCUCAAAAACUUGAAAAUAAUUGGAUUACAAUAAUUUAUUUUAAUCAAAAAAAAAAUAAUUUAAAAUCAUUACAUUUAAUUACUGAUAAUAAUCAUGAUUUUAAAAAAUUGAUUCUGGCAAUUUAUAAUUUAAAACAAUUACGUUCACAAUUGGCCAAAGAAUUUUUAAUUGAUAUAAAUGAAUUAGAUGAAAAUUAUAUUAAAAUGUUAUUAAAUAAAGAAUUACCAACUAAUGAUGAUGAUGGUGAUGAUAAUGGUGAUGGUUAUGGUGAUGGUCAGAAAUCUCAUAAACAUGUUAGAGAAUUUCUUAGUUUUAAUGAUAUUUUAAAAUAUGCCAAAAGAUUAAAUAUUAAUGUCAAUACCAAUCAUUUACAACAAAUUUUUGAUCAAGUAAUAUUACUAUCAACAUCAUCAACAACAGAUAAACUUAUCAAUAGUCCCUCAUUUGAAAAAGGAUUAAAUUUUGAACAAUUUAAACAAUUUGUUUCAAUACUUAAAGAUCGGAAAGAUUUACAAGAAAUUUGGGAUUCAUUAGCAAAAAAUAAAAAUGUAUUAAAUUUUAAUGAUAUUAAAAAUUUUAUUAUUAAUAUUCAAAAAGAUAAUUUUGAUGAUAAUACCAUUAAUUUAAUUUUCCAAAAAUAUUGUAAUAUUGAUAAUGGAUGGAAUAAAGAAAGUUUAAAUGAAUAUUUAUUAUCAAGUUAUUCAACUCCAUAUCGUGAAAUCACUCAUAAUAGUAACAACAAUUAUUAUGAUUAUCCAUUAAAUGAAUAUUUCAUUUCAUCAUCUCAUAAUACUUAUUUAACUGGUCGACAAGUUGCUGGUGAUUCAUCAGUAGAAGGAUAUAUUAGAACAUUACAACGUGGAUGUCGAUGUGUUGAAAUUGAUAUUUGGAAUGGCGAUAGUAAUGAUACUGGUUCAGAUGUUAAGAAUGAAUCAGAACCAAUAGUUAAUCAUGGAAGAACUUUUACUAAACCAAUAAGUUUUAUUAAUGUUAUUAAAGCAAUUAAAAAAUUUGCUUUUAUUGUAUCACCUUGGCCAUUAAUACUUAGUUUAGAAAUUCAUUGUUCACCAGAAUGUCAAAUUAAAGUUGUUAAUAUUUUAAAAGAUAUUCUUGGUGAAAAUAUGAUUAUUGCUCCAAUUGAUAUUGAUUCAAUGGUAUUACCAUCACCAACUCAAUUGAAACAUAAAUUUAUUAUUAAAGUGAAAAAAACAACAUCAUUUCAAAAUUUAGUAGAAACUGAAAAUGGCAAUUUCACCACCACAACCACAACCACCACCACCACCACCACCACUGCAACUUCAUUAAGUGAAGAUAAUGAAAUUAAUAAAUCCAAUAAUAAUAGUAAUACAUCAUCAUCAUCAUCAUCAUCAUUUAUUAUGAGACGAAGAAAAGGAAAUAAAUCACCUAAAAUAAUAAAUGAAUUAAGUGAUCUUGGUAUAUAUACUCAAGGAAUAAAAUUUCGUAAUUUUUCAUUACCAGAAUCUAAAACUUUUAAUCAUUGUUUUUCAUUAGGAGAAAAAUCUAUUAAUCGAAUGAUUAAAGAUGAUGAUAAAAAAAUUUCUUUAAAUAAACAUAAUCGUCGUUAUUUAAUGAGAGUUUAUCCUUCAGGAACAAGAUUAAAAUCAUCAAAUUUUAAUCCAUUACCUUAUUGGUCUCAUGGAGUACAAAUGGUGGCAACAAAUUGGCAAACUUAUGAUUUAGGUCAACAAUUAAAUGAAUCAUUAUUUGAAAAUAAAAUUUUCCAAGGAUAUGUAUUAAAACCAAAAUUAUUAAGGAAACCAAUUUUAAAAUCAACUAAUGAUUUUAAUAAAUCUUCAAUAAUUAAUAAUAAUAAUAAUAAUAAUUGUAAAGUAAUUCGAUUUAAUUUUGAAAUUAUUAGUGGUCAUCAAUUACCAAAAUUUCCUAAAGAUGAUUAUAAAGAUCAAGCAAUUAAUCCAUAUAUAUCAUUUGAAAUUAUUGGUGCUCAAAAUAUUCAAUGGGAUAAUAAUAAUACCAAUGAAUCCAUAUCAUCAUCAACAACAACAACAACAACAACAAGUAUUACUAAUAGUGAUACUAUUAGGACAACGAAAAUAAUUGGUGAAAAUGGAUUUAAUCCAAAUUUUAAUAGUAAAUUUAGUGGAUCAAUUAUAACAUUAAAUGAUUUAAUAUUUAUAAAAUUUAUUGUUUAUGCAUCAACUUCAUUAAAUUAUCCUGAUUCAGGAGAAAUUUUCCCUAUAGGUAUAUUAGUAACAAAAUUAAAUUAUUUAAAACAAGGGUAUAGAUAUAUUUAUUUAAAUGAUUUAUUAGGUGAACAAUUGGUUUAUUCUUCAAUUUUUAUAAAAAUUGAAUAUGAUGAAGAUUUAUUAAAUGAAUUAAGCUAG